CCACUUGACUGUGUGUGGUCUGGUCUGCGCCUUCCCAAUACAUCGAUAUCUAAGCCCACCAAUUUCCUGUGACUCGGGAAGACAGUCAUUUGGUGACUUGUGACUUCCCUUGUUUCGAUAGACGAUUUACUUAUAACCACCUACAACUCCUUUUUAUCUACGCAUUCAUUCGUACCUCGCUUUAUCGACUUGAAAGAGUCUCAGUUUGGAACUUUCUAGCCUAUCUUGGAAAUUGCGAAUCGAGGACAAAGAGGUAGCGGGGACUAGUCCUUGACUCAUAAAGCCAACAUCACGUCAACACUUCGCAACUCACAAACCAUUCUCGCAACGCAAACAACCAACUCGACAAUUUACUCGAAUAUGUCUGCUACAUCUGCAGCUCCUCUUUCUUCCAUCGAGCACCGCGACCUCCGUUCUGAACGCCUGGGCUACAAGCGCGACAAAGAGCAUAACCAGAAGUGGAGCAACGGUCAACGCCCCUCUGCAGGAGUCCGUAUCAACUGGGACAAUGAGUUCAUCGGUGGCAGUGAGCAACAGCGGAUGAAGGUCCGUCCGAUGAAGCAAUGGACUAGCACCGAUCACAAGUCCCAUGCCAACAAAGUCCCAAAGCCACAUGGUCACUAUGAUCAAACUCGUACUCUCCACAAGGCAGAUGCGCUUGUUGAUGCCAACGAUCAUACUAUCUCUGCACUCUCCAAGUCUCUCCUCGAGUUACUCCCUCAACACGUCAACAACACACACUCUCCAAUCCAAACCGCUAUCCGUGCUACCGAUGCCGAGAUUUUGUACAGCUUCGAUAACAAGGGUCCAAGCCCAGGUGUUGCUGGCCGUAAUGUUGAUCUCGGUGGACUUGUUGAGUUGGCUGAGAAGAAGUGGGUUGCUGAGCAGACCGAUAAGAUUGUGAAGGGCGAGUACGAGGUUCUUGACAAUGAGGGCGAGACUACCGUUCUCGCUAGCAAGAAGAAGAAGAGCCCAAAGCAGAGAGCGACUAUCGUGAAGAGUGAGCCAUCCAACAUCAAGAGCUUGGCCAACGAUGAGGAUGAUGGUUUUGAGCUCAUCUAAGUGGAAGACGUCGAUGGCUGGACUAUCUCUUUUCUUCUGAUGAUAUAUGGCGUUUGAGUGGAUAGGAUGGUUUUCGGCGCUGGUGCAUCGCAUGGUAUAGCUUACCCUGGUAUGGGAAGGAUAGCUUGCCCUCUUUCUACUACAUUUUUCAACAACAGACGC